UGACUUUCUGUUGACGUGGCUUGAGCGGUGGCUAAUCAGUCGAAACCGUCAGUAACUAGCAGGUAGUGGCUAACGUCAAGGUAAGCCCGAGGGAAAAUGGACAAUAUUCAGGACGAGUGAAUGCUAUUUUGUCUUCACAGAGUGAAGAGACGAUGGCCAGUAGAAGCCAGCACUAUGGUUUUCAGUCAGCCACCACAGCACAGCCUGCCACUGGUGGAUAUGCCUACCUGUUUGGAAACAAUGGCUCCGAGAAUGAUCUGUCAGAGGAGGAUGGAGAGAGUUAUGAGCUUCGGCCCAGAGGCAGAGAGCGAUUGCGGAGGAGCACUUCCAAAGAGAGGAUGGAUGAUAUUGUCUAUCUGGCCAGAGAUAUCCAGGAGGGGGACACCCUGAACAGUAUCGCCCUACAGUACCAUUGCUCAGUAUGUCUGCCCUCAGACCUAAGUGUGGCGGACGUCAAGCGGGCCAACAACCUCUUGACCGAGCAGGAUUUUUUCGCUCUACGAUCCAUAAAGAUUCCAGUGAGGCGCUUCAGUGUCCUCACAGAGACUCACAACACUACAUAUCUCAAAUCUGCCUCCCCCUCUAGUGGGCGACGCCUGCCCCAGGUUUCUCCAGUUACCUCCCUCCCCUCCGAGUCGUCUACAGACUCCUCUUCCUCCGCUGACAGUGUGGAGGGAUUCCUUUCGGAAAAGGACAAGGACAUUGAGCAGUUGGUUAAGUCCACAGGCCCAUCACGGAGCAGCUUAAAUGAGGUUGUGUCCUCCAUAACUGCCCAACAGCAGCAGCCUCUCCUUGCGGGAGUUGAGUAUAAACCAGCGUCCCGGAAAGACCCCUACUAUGGAGCAGACUGGGGCAUGAGAUGGUGGACAGCCGUGGCCAUCAUGCUGGUUGUGGGUAUCGUCACGCCGGUGUUCUAUUUGCUGUACUAUGAAGUUUUGGUAAAAGCUGACGCCAGCCAUCAUGGCAUUCCUAUACAAACUUACCCCAGUGUGCCUCACAGGCAGCCGCAGGCCAAUGAGUCGGACCUUCCUGGGUGAGGGGGAAGCCCUGGACACGAUACUGGAAUAGUAGUUAAAGGGGAACCACAGGGACAUAGAGCAGAUCAAGUAAGAGACUGCAAUGACUGAAAGCUUGAGAACACAUAACGGCAUUGUAUGUAAUCGUGUUGCUAACCCAGAGGUCCAAUAAAGACGAGGUGGGUAUUCCUGUGUAAUUGGAACCGUUUUUGAUUAUACAUUCAUGUAAGCUGUAUGACUGGUACAGUCACUUUACAUAGAGAACAGAGUAUUUUUUCUACGAUUAAGACUGGGAACAAGCGUAGUCGUAAGAUUUAUUCUCUGGAUGUCUAUUUCUAAAGACAUUUCCCUCAGCUUGUCUCAGUUGUAUUUUUCUUGAGAGUAUUUUAGUCAUUUUUGCCAUAAAGAUUUGCCUGAAGAAUUUUGUUAAACGAUUACUGCCAUUGUUUUAUUCGUGAUAUGGGAGGCUGACUAAUUUAUUUGAAGACUAUUGAAAGUUAGUCUUUAACUUACAGUAUCAGUAUUGCAAAUCAUCAAUUGAAUUAAGAUGGCUUGAAUAUUUUGUUUUACCCACAUUUCCAGAACUGCAAUUUUUGUGAUGAAAUCACAGCAGAACCUCUUUGCAUUGAGGCGUGGUGAGGAAAUGGGAAAUGCACAGUAGUCCCACAGUCACCUCUAGGAAAAAUUCUGUGAGCUGUUAGACCUUAUAGUACCUUUUUAUGUCCACUUAAUAUUUUGAGAAAAUGUGUUAUUGACAGUAUGUGCCUUUCAACCUGUGGAAAUGCAUAGCAGGCUGGAAAAACGAGUCUAUUUUGAAUAAAUUAUUGAUUCUCAGA